AUGUUAGCUCCGGGAUCGGGCAAUGUGAGUCUGCGGACUGUCAGUUCAAGUAGACCGCAGAUGAUACACACCGAGGAUCAACAAUCCAGCUCCAGCGCAAGGUCUCGGACGAGUGGCAGUCGAGUCAAUGUCGUGCGCUAUGCAACCCCCAACUCUCGACCUGCAUCCCGUCCUCCUUCCCCUAGCAUAUCAAGAACGCAUCUCGCCCCGCCGGUGGCUGGUGCGCGAUCGCAACCCUCUAUAGACUCCUCGAGCGACAACAGAAUCUUCCUGACACCCGCGUCCCAAACAAUCCGCUCCGUCGAGGAUAGAGAAGUUCACCUGAACCCCAUGUCCCAUACCACAUCCAGCCGGGCUCCCGCCGACAGCUACGCGGGACGCCCACCAACUCCUGGGAUGGACGACUCGCCUUAUAUUCAUUUCGCCAUUAGCCAGCUGACGCGUGAUGAGGAAGUGGCGGGCCCUAGGAGGAGAAGUUCGAUCGUGAGCCGUGACUCUCCCGCUGAGCCGCUGCUCUGGGAUGAUGGCUUAGGUUGCUUCAUCCGCUCACAUGGACCUUCCUCACCUCCGGACGUCAGACACCGGCCGAAAUCUCCUAUCUCCGCAAGAAGGUCGCCCCAGAAGUCGGUUGACCCAGAAUCUUUCAUUCCAGUGGAUCCCCCAGAGGAAAGCCUACUCUACCCUGCAUUGGACUAUGUGCCUCCUGUAUUGCGCACAUGGGCACUGGCCGCCCUCACAAUCUGCUGCUUGCUCAUGAUUGCCGGAAUUAUUUUCUGCAAUGUCUGGUCCCCAAGGCAUCAAGGACUUUGGGACUAUGAGAGACAGGGUGGUGCCCAUUACUUCGUGAUGCAAUUUCUACCGCAGAUUCUAGGCAUGUUUAUCACCAUCUGGACGUUCGUGGUUCAGGCUGCCGUUUAUCGCACCAUGCCUUUUGCUAUCAUGGCAUCGGAGCGGCCGUACGACCGCAUUCUGCAGAGGCUGCCAGUCACGUCACGCAACUUCAUUCUACCUGAUUUCUCACAUUUUCGGCAUGGAGAGGCGCUAGUUGGAUUCUCUUUGCUCUCAAUGUGGCUCUCAAGUUUCAUCGCAUUGCCGCUCCUGAGUUGUUUGUUCCAGGCCAAGUGGUAUGAAAUUAACGGCCAAGGCACGUGGCGAUGGGCCUCCGUUCUGGCUGUGGGCUGGACGCUGGUGGCAGUUUACGGACUGACGACUAUUGGGUUGAUUUUGCUCAUGCUUCGCUUUUUUCGUACAUGGUCAGGCUUAAUGUGGGAUCCUGUCAGCCUGGCGGAUCUCAUUUCGGUGAUUCAAAGGUCAAACAUUCUGCAUGACUUCGAACAGUCCGAAACAUUGCCGCAGGUUGGGAAUUCUCUCGAGCCCCGGCUCCUUCGACUGGGUUAUUGGCAAUUAUCAAAUCGCGGCGAGUUCUUCUAUGGUAUUGGCGAGGCUGAUGCCCCGAUCCGAACACCAUCCCUUCACCACCUGGAAAAGAAUCUUCAGAUGCAGUCGCACGGGCUGUCCAAGGUCUCAGUUGAUCUUGAGCGCCAGGGUAUGGCCGAAAAGGGCGAAUACCACGAGAAUCUAUACACUCCUUCUGUUCGCUACCGCUGGAUUCCAUGGUUUCUCAAGGAUACAUCUGUGAUAGCUUGGACGGUAAUCAUAUGUGCUUUGUUCGUCGCUUUUGUACUGGUUAGCUUCAUCCAUGACGCCAUCCGAGGAGGCUUCCCCCCACGGUUGCCCACAUUGCCUUCCACCGGCGGCUUUUCGUCUUCCAACUUCUGCUACAGCUUUGUGCCGGCUCUUAUCGGCAACGUCUUUUUUCUCGCAUGGCAGCCCAUCGACGUCUUCUUUCGUGCGUCGCAACCCUUCGCCUCUUUGUCGUCACCCAACGGUGCACGUGCAGAGGAGAGCCUGUUACUGGCGUAUCCGUCGCAUCUUCCGUUCCAGGUGACUAUCCUGGCUGUCGCCAACAAGCACUACAAAGUGGCUUGGAUCUCGUUCAUGAGUAUUGCGUCUGCCGCCAUUCCCAUUCUCGCCGGAGGCGUUUUCAUUGCGUUGAAUUACCCGUCCGAACACGCAAUCAAGAUUGCAGCAUCAAUGCCUGCUUUCUACGCGAUGGUGGUAUUCUGUGCUCUCUAUACUGUGUCCUUCUUGUGUAUCUGGCCUCGCCGUCAACGCCACCUCCCUCACGAUAUUAGCACGCUGGCCGAUCUGAUCAGCUUCCUCUACCAGAGCCCACUCCUCGCCGACAAGAUCUUGCGUGAGCCGAGGAGCAAAGCAGACCUGGUCACGCGACUGGUUGUCGCACCACCCGGGGACCGCGAGCAUUCUGUGUAUGGCUUCGGGAUAUAUGUUGGCCGCGAUGGCAAAGAGCAUCUAGGAAUCGAUCGCCUUGACCACACGGUGGCAUCAUUGUUCUUUAGCUCCUAUCUCUAUUCACCCAAAGAUCCACUGAUUCGGGAAGGGUUCAUGGAAAUGGUGCCCCAUGCUUACGCAAACGCCCAGCCUGGGUCGCACUUGAAACUCAUCACGUUGGCGGUGUCUUUCUUCUCGGUGUCUGCGUGGACGGGCAAUCGGUCAUAUCUCCGAACCGCUGAACACCUGUGCGUGCAAGCGAUAUCUAAAACUAGAGAAGCGAUUCAAGGCGACAUCGACCGGAACCAGGAUGAGAUUCUGAUGACGGUGCUCUUGCUCUUAAUUUAUGAGGAAUUCUCAGCUAUGAAGGAGCGCAGGGCCCCAGGCAAGACACAUUUACGGGGCGCAAUUGCGUUGAUAAAUAGUCGGAGUCAAGAUCAGCGGGAGACGGACCUCUCGAUAACGUUGGAAAAUGCAGUACAUGCACAACUUAUCAAAACAACCAAAGGGCUCGCGUAUCCUGUCAUGCAGACCCCCAAGGUCUGGCCGCCCGCGCCAGUUGCGCCCGAGUCUGCCUCAACUCAACUGUUGAUGGCCACAUCUGACCUAGUCAGCCUGCGACAAGCAUGGGACAAGCUUGUCUUGGACCAGCCAGCCGCCAAUGUCACCGAGCUCGAGGAGAUCCUCGCUCGGGCGAGGCAUCUGGACACCAAACUUGUAGCUUGGACACACGCCCUCCCCUCCCACUGGCACCCCGUCUCCGCCACCAUGAUAUCGGAUUCCAUCCGCAAGGCAGGCAUGUACAAGAACCGUUGUGACUGCUACGCGGACAUCUGGAUCGCCAGCACCUGGAAUUUCUACCGCGACUCGCGCAUUGUCAUCCAGAACAUCAUCCUCGAUUGUCUGCGCCUCCUUCCGCCGCCCAUCCGCACAGACGACAUUCAGAGCGCCCUGGACACCAUCCAAGACCUUGCUACCGGCAUCUGCGCCACCAUCCCAUACUUCCUUGGCAGCCAGUCGAAGCCAGCCCAGAUGGGCAUGGAGAAGAUCGACUAUCCCGAGGCGGAUGCACGCCGGGUCACCGCGGGCCACCGUCAGACAUCGCCACUUUUGGGAGGAUGGCUGGCGUCCACGAAUCUGUUCAAUAUGACCAUGCUACCUUUGACGGAUGAGCUGCAUGCUUGGAUCUUGGAACAGAAGCAGCGGAGAACAUCAAUUGAACUCCACCUCACCCACGUCCACCACCACCACCACCACCACCACAACCAAAACCAACAAUACAACCCUCUCAAAAUGGGCCUCCUCCGCUCCUUCAUCCCCGACCAACAAAAACCCUCCACCGCAUCCAACACCGACACCCCCUCCGACCAAACCCCCACAAACACCAACACAACCCCCUCCUCAUCCCGCCCAGCAACAGAAGAAUUCGACCCUCCGCUCCCCAAACUCUGGACGCCGCAAACGAACCUCAAACUCCUCCUCGGCGGCACCGCCUUCCUCGCCCUGAGCCUGCUCACCACCCGCCGCGCGAUCCGCCGCCGCCGCCUCGCCGCCAUCCCGCCCUUCUACACCAGCGCGCCCUACCACAAGCCCACGGUUAGCGGGGGCGUCGAGGCGUUCGAGGCGCUCAACCUGGCCACGCUGAAUGUGCUGGCGUUCGCGAUGAUGAGCACCGGGGGCGUGCUGUACGCGAUGGAUAUUAAUAGUGUCGACGAUAUGCGGCGGUAUGUGCGGCGGGUUUCGUUGUCGGAGGCGGAUGCCGCGAAGGGGUUGGUGGAGGGGGAUCGGGAGAUGGAGAGGGAGGUGGAGGCGUGGGCGGCCAAGGUGCUGGGGGAGAAGUUUGGGCGGGAGUUGAGGGCGCAGCGGGAGAGGGAGGUGGAGGAUGCUAGGGGUUUGGUGGACAGGGAGGGGAAGAAGGAGGAGUGA